UAAUUAGGAGUGAAUGAUCCUCCUCUCCUCCUGCUGCUGCUUCAUCAUCUUGUCCAGGAACUUGCCUUCCUUUUUCCUUUUUCUGUGAAGAAUAAAGGGAAAACACACACACACACACACUCUCUCUCUCUCUCUCUCUCUUUCAUCAUUCAUUUCCUUUUAGCUUCCUCAAAUUUUUUACAGCUAAGCCAUGAGACCCAAUCACCAACCACCACCAUCUGCUGGUGGCUCCUCCUCCUCCAAUAAGAACCGUCCACGUAGACGAGCUGACCUUACCCUACCCCUCCCUCAACGUGACCCUUCUCUCGCCGUCCCUCUUCCCCUUCCUCCCUCCUCCAACUCCGCCCCGCCCGCCUCCUCCAACUCCAACGCCUUGCCUCAGCAAGUCAACUUUUCCGAGCUCGACCGCGUCAACCGGAUAGGGAGCGGUACCGGAGGCACCGUUUACAAAGUCGUCCACCGCCCUUCCUCUCGCCCUUAUGCCCUCAAGGUUAUCUACGGGAACCAUGAAGAGUCUGUCCGCCGUCAGAUCCGCAGGGAGAUCGAGAUCCUCCGUGACGUGGACCACCCCAACGUCGUAAAAUGUCACGAAAUGUAUGAUCACAACGGAGAAAUCCAGGUUCUUUUGGAAUUCAUGGAUGGCGGAUCUUUGGAAGGGAUCCUCAUAUCUCAGGAAGCUAACUUAUCAGAUCUGGCCCGUCAAGUCCUCAGCGGUCUAAACUACCUUCACCGCCGACACAUCGUCCACCGCGACAUAAAACCCUCGAAUCUGCUAAUCAAUUCCAAGAAGGUGGUGAAGAUAGCUGAUUUUGGGGUGAGCCGAAUCUUGGAUCAAACCAUGGACCCCUGCAACUCGUCUGUUGGGACCAUAGCAUACAUGAGCCCUGAGAGGAUUAACACCGAUUUGAACCACGGGCUCUACGAUGGUUACGCUGGGGAUAUUUGGAGUUUAGGGGUUAGCAUAUUGGAAUUUUAUUUAGGUAGGUUCCCUUUCGCGGUUGGUAGACAAGGGGAUUGGGCCAGUCUCAUGUGCGCGAUUUGUAUGUCUCAGCCACCGGAGGCCCCACCCACUGCUUCCAAUGAAUUUAGGCAUUUUAUAUCAUGUUGUUUGCAGAGGGAUCCAGCCAGGAGGUGGUCGGCGGCUCAGUUGUUGCAGCAUCCUUUUAUUCUCAGAGGACAACCACAUCAGGUUGCUCAGAAUCUUCAUCAGUUAUUACCACCUCCACCUCCUCUUUCUUCUUAGCUUUCUAUUUCUUUUUAUUUGUUUUGGGAUUAGGGGAAAAAAAUCUUCUGUAAGUUUUGAUAUAAUGAGGGUCUGGGGGGAGUUGGGUGCAAUGUCUUUCCUUCUUCUUUUUUUUUCCUUUCAUGUUUUUAUUAAUCACUCUUGCUUCUGAUAAAAGAUAAUCUUUACAAUAUUAGAAAAAAAAAAAAAACUCUGUUA